CCACCACCACCACCACCACCACAACUUGCUGCCGCCAUGAUACCCAAGAAGAUCUAUGAGCUCUGCCAGAACGGCGAGUCGAUCACUUCCGAACUCGCCAAAGAUCCGUCCCUGUCCCCUCACGCGGCAGCCAAGAAGCUCUUUGGCAUCGACUUCGACGAUGAGGUCGUCACCAAGAAACUGGACCUGGGUAAGGAAGAACCGAGUGAUCUGGAAGAGGCACGGAAGUGUGGGAAAUGGGGCAAUUCCAACCCCAGCGAUCUGUUUCUGAGGAUCUAUCACGAUGUCCUGUGCACACUGGAAAAGAAUCCUCUGGUGGGCGUGUGCUCGCCGUCGCUGCUCGGAAGCAAUGGAGUCUGCCCGCUCACAAUCAUGGCGACAGUUCCCGACAUCUGCCGGCACAUGUCCAACGUGAUAGCGAGAGCCGAACAGGAGGUCUUCCUCGCGACCAACUUCUGGAUGUACUCAGAACCCACCAGGCUGAUUACCAAUGCAUUGAGAGAGCUUUCGAAAAAGGCCGUCCAGACGAACCGUCGGGUUGUCGUCAAGAUCAUCUACGACCGGGGAAGUGCGAAACAGUUUGUGAAAAACCACCUCAUAGUGCCCCCGAGCGAAUUUGCCGACCCCAAUGGCAAAAUUCGAAUCCCUCAUCCUGAUGAUCUGCCAAACAUCGAUAUCGAAGUCAUGAAUUUCCACCGACCAAUGUUCGGGACGUUCCACGCCAAAUACAUGGUCGUGGAUCGCCGCAUCGCCGUUUUACAAAGCAACAACAUCCAAGAUAUCGACAACAUGGAGAUGAUGACGCAGUUGGAAGGGCCAAUCGUCGAUUCAUUCUAUGAUCUUGCCUUCAUUUCGUGGCACAAUGCGCUUAAACCACCUCUGCCGCUGUUGAGCCGGCCUGCUGCAGACUGCCCCAUCCCCACGUUCUCGACUGACAGCUAUGCGACCAUGUUUAACGAGAAUGGAAAGUUGGUCCCCGUUUACCAAGCGCCCACGCCGAUUCCUGACGGGCACGAGAGCCUGAGAGAGAUUGCCGAGCAUGGAUCGCAGAUGGACUUGCCCCAGCACACAUCACAAGACCCCCAUUAUGAUCCUGACAUUAAGUCGGAGGUGCUGCGUGCCGUGGCUUUUUUGAAGCCACGCGAAGGAGAGGCAAGGAUCAAUGCAAUCACCCGUCUCCUCAACACGACAAUCCAACCUAACACGAAAGGGAGUGCACCGGAUAUUGAACCAGCCGACGCGAUGACCCCUCUUAUCCCGAUACCGCGACAUGACCCCUUCCCGAUUGCUAUGGUAUGCCGACAGCCAUGGGGAGCGCCCAACAAGCAUUGCUUGCACACUCCGCAAAAUGAGGCCUUCACGUCUGCCCUUCGCCAUGCGACAAAGUCGGUUUUCAUUCAGACACCUGACCUGAACGCCGAAGCCCUCCUGCCCGAAAUUGUCGCGGCUUGCCGGCGAGGGGUCAAGGUCACCUACUACUAUUGUCUGGGAUAUAACGACGCGGGAGAACUGCUGCCUAUGCAGGGCGGGCACAACGAAAUGAUCGCGAACGGAUUAUACCGCGAUGUGGGACCCGAACAUCGCGACAACCUUGACAUCUAUGCCUACGUAGCCAAAGAUCAAAUCCACCCUAUCCACAACAAAUUCAAACAGCGGUCAUGUCACAUAAAAUUGAUGGUUGUGGACGACCACAUUGGAAUACAAGGCAACGGUAACCAAGACACGCAGAGCUGGUAUCACAGCCAAGAAGUGAACGUCAUGAUCGAUAGCCCGUUGGUGGUAGGAAAGUGGAUGGAAGGAAUCCGACAGAAUCAAAACACGCACGUCUAUGGGAAAGUCGAGAACGAGGGGCCUGAUGCUGGAUGUUGGAAGGACCCGAAGACUGGGCAGCAGGCUGAGGGCGCGAUUGGUGUCGAUCCAGGCAAGUUUGCGUGGGCCAAGGGCUUUGUCGGUGCGGUGCAACGGGUACGAGGGAUGGGUGGAUUUUGAGCUUUGUCGAGAGGAGGAGGCGCAUUGACGGGGGAUCAGAUCUUGGUUCAAAUAUGCGAGGGUCAUUCGGGAAUCAUAACGAUGUUGUUGGCGUUGGAGAAUAUACGAGGGAUGAUCUCUGAACACAG